AUGACAGAACCAAGUCGGCGAACAGUCCCUCUUCCGCUCGAUUUUAUCAUUGUGGGUGGAGGGCUCGCAGGGCUCGCCGUUGCUCAUGCACUCUGCUCUACCGGUCAUCGUGUACGGGUAUUUGAGAAGUCUCGAGGAACGAGCCGCUGGGCUGCUGGAAUUCGACUUCCUCCCAAUGGGAUGUUGGUGUUGCUGAAAUGGGGCGUUGGGGAGAAGGUCAAGGCAAAAAGUGUGAAGUGCACAGCGACUGAUUUCGUGGAUAUGGGGAGCGGGGCACGUCUCGGAGCCUUAGAAUGGAGAGAAGAAGUCAUGAAGGAGCUGGGAGCACCGUUCUACAUGAUUGCACACUCCGACAUGCACAGUAUUCUCUGCGAGCUCGCUCUUUCAUCCGGUGCUGAAGUGCAUUUCGACACUCCCGUCGCUUGCGUCAACCCAGGGGACUCAGACGAUCUGGAUGAUACAACUCUCGGGAGUACCUCAUCUGAGGGAAGGCCGUCAAUUACGCUCGCCAACGGCGAAGUCAUACAUGCAGACAUUAUCAUAGGCGCGGAUGGGGCCGACAGCAUCGUAAGGCCCCUCGUCGACGAGGUCCUCAAAGUAGGGGAACCAUCGCGUACGUCGAUUUACCACGGAUCGAUACCCGUUGCCACGAUGCAAGCGGACCCGAACCUGGCCUCUAUUAUCCGCGACCUUCAGAGUCCACACUGGCUGGGAACAUCCUCUUUGGUUCUUUCAUACCCCGUGAGAUCCGGAGAGGAGUAUAACGCGACUUUCUGGGUCCCAGAGCCCAUACCGAGAGGAGCACCACAAGGAUGGGAUACACCCGUAUCCUCCCGAGAUGUCAAGUAUCCGGCCAUUGAACCUCGGAUCACAGCCCUCCUCGGUCACAUCCCAACACUUACUCGGGUUUCCCGCGAUGAAAGGGGGCAAGCGGAAUCGUUCGUGGAUGAGUCUGAACGGAUCGUUCUUGUCGGUGAAGCGGCUCAUCCUCUAGGGCCCUGCGGUAUGCCGGUUUUGAGCGCCGUUCUUGAAGAUGCUGCUGUACUGGGUGUUCUCUUCUCCCGACUCCGGAGCCACGACCAGAUCUCACCUCUCCUCUACGGUUAUGAAGACCUCCGUAAACCACGUCGAAACACGUUAGCGGACCUCGAAGACGCCAACCACUACAUCAUCAUGCUUCCGCCCGGACCAGAGCGUGAUUUCCGAAACGACGCGUGGAAUAGGUGGAAGAAGGCGGCGGAGGCAAGAGGAGAUGCAGAAAUUGAAGAAGGAGAGCUGGAACAACAAUUUGCUGAGCUUUGCGGAGUGUGGGGAUAUGAUGCGAUUGAUGCUGCGGAGGAUUGGUGGGUACAGUGGGGGAUGUUGCGAGAACGGGCGUUGGGUAUGGGUGGCGGUGGCGUAUUGGAUGGAACGGUGCGGAUGGAGGUUGUGGGCAGUUCAUGA